CAGAAGACAGAUAGGAUGAACACAAUUCAGGGAAAAGACAGUGACAAGUGCUGAUUGGAGUACAUUAUUAUUUACAAUUAAUAAAGCUCUCUGGAGGUAAUGUGGUGUUUUCUUUAGACAUGAUUUAUGUGCUAUGUUAGAAUGAAAGGAUACUGUAUAUUUACACAUAGUCAUUGUGACAUGACUUUGUCAUUGUCAAAUGUUAUAAGAAAGGGCAGUAAUACAGUCCUAAAUUUACUGUAUGUCUAGACUCAUACUUCGGCUUUUCAAGGCUUCAUUUAUUUAUUUUUUGAAGCUAUAAACCAAAAAAUGCAUUGUUUAACAGAGCCUGAGAUAUAAUGGUAAAUAUCAGGUAAGUAUUACUGGACUUGUAGUCAGGGCUGAGAAGAAAACGCAGAAGUGAUCAACAAGAGGCUACCAGCUACAGGAGGGUAGGCACAGGUUUCAGUGAGUUAGAGAGGAAUCAUUCAAUUUUGCUAUUUUGAAAAAAAAAUGCAUUACUUUUAUCAUGGUAUUUUUUCUGCUUUCUAGAGACAAAUCAUGUAAGUUCCAAAGUGAAGAUGACUCAACUCUCUUGGCAGAAGCCUCAACUCUUUCCACCACAGAACCUCGUGUCUCUGAAGAGUCUAAUUCAACUGAAAGCACAGACGAUGAAGAAAAAGUCAAAAAUACAGAGAAGCACACAAUUUCAGAUGAAAUAAAUAUUUCAGAAAUAAAAUCUGUCACUGAUACACGGCCGGAGGAACCAAAUGAAAAAAACACCCCAACAAUAACUAAACUUGAGCAACUUGACAGGCCAGCAGAUGAAAUCGAUACAGAGAAUGUACCAGAGAAGACUGUGUCUGAGUCUGACUCAAAUCUGGGAGCUUUAUUGUCACCAUGGGGAAUUUCAAAUGUAGAUGUGUGUGCUCAGGAGUUAGGAGAGGCCGACAAUGAGGGAAAUGACAAACAAGGAAGUGCACAUGUAGAUGAGGAGACUGUACACUCUGAAAAGGAGGAAACUGAAGUUGCAGAACCCGUGGAGAGCUUCCUACACUCUCACCUUGCUAAUGUGACUGCCUGUGCUGAGCUUGAAGAAACAGAGAGAACAAUGGAAGGAGAAAUUCUUCAAGAUCAUAAAAAUGUUGUUGAAGAGGAAGACAAUUUAAAACCCCAUCUUGAGGAAACUGUUGUUGAACCCUCAUUUUCUCAAGAGGAAAUCAUUCAGAGUAAUCAACAAGAAACACAGGAACAUGCACAGAGCAUAAAGGAGAAAACAACAAUGACUGAGGUAUCUAAUGAGGAAACCGAUGUAGGUUUAGUUCACAAUGAGGGUUCUUUAGAUGGCAGUGGUUUCCCAAAGGAGGAUUCGUUGGUUGAGAUUAGCUUUGAAGAUAUUCCAGAAGCUCAGGGCAUUAGUGCAGUUGGGAAGAAACCGCCAGAGUUAGAGACUUCGGUGGAGGUCUUACAGAAUAAUAUAUCUGAAUCCCAAGAGAUGGAAGAGUCCAAGGAGUUUUCUGGGAGUUCAACACAUGAAAAUAUAUCCUAUACAGAAGAUUACCGUAAACCUGAAAUGGACAUUGUACAAAAUGAAAUGAACUCUGAAGAGGAGGAAAUAACAAAUCAACAUGAAGCACAUGAUAUGAUUAAAGAUGAGAGAGAAACAGGGAACCUUGAUUUAAAUGAGAGUGAUAAUGAUGAGAAAGAGAAAUGUGUUACAGCAGAUCAGCUCACCAUUGAGGCAGUACAAGAGAUUCAUGCGGAGAAAACUGAUAAAAAUGAAGAUAUCGACAACGCUGAAGAUGGCAAAGUUGAACAGAAUCAGGAGUCUGAAAAUGAGACACGGUCCGAUGACUCUGAUUUUAAGGAUGAUGAAGUGACAGAGGUGAGUUGUAGAGAUGAUGAAAGAAUAUGUACGGAGAGCUGCAAUGAACUGGAAAAUCAAGAAAUGAAUGAUGACCAGGUGGAACCCAAUCCAUCACAAGUAAGCCAGAUGAAUAUAUCAGUGGCUGGAAUGGAGGAAGACAGUAAAACCUUUGAAGAAAACGCACAAGAUCCAGCACAGGAGAAUGAGCAAAGUCAGAAAACUCUUGCGCUGUCACAGCCAGAGGAUCUCACAGGGGAACUGACCGAUUCAAGGGAACAAGAGGAGAGUGUAGUAUUGGAUAAGGAGGAGACCAUCAGCUUCACUCAAUGUGCAGCUUAUAUGGAUGCCCACCAUCAAGAAGGUGAAAGGCCAGCUCAGUGUGAGACUCAGCCCUCGGAGCUUGCAAGCAGGCACGACCAGGAGGAGUGCAGCCGGCCCCAGGAGGAGGAGGACAUCAUGGACAUCCCCCUGGAUGACCCUGAGGCUAACAGGGCCGCUGCCAAGAUCCAGGCUGGGUUCCGUGGCCACAUGACUCGUAAGAAGUUGAAGCCAGAGGACAAGGUGGAAGGGGAGGAGGUGAGCAGCACUGGGGAGGUGCUCAACGGCAGCCAGGGGGUCUCAGAGACAGGAAGAUCGGGGGCAGUAGAGGGAGACAACACAUCUGUGCCAGAACAGUGACGCCCCUGUCCUUACCUGAGUCAAGAGAAAGAGAAGAAGCAAGGUUGGGAGAGGUUGGGCUUGCAUUAGCUGGCUACCGGGCACACCUUUUUUUAAACCCAAGGAGGCAUUUUCUUUUUCAGCACAAAUUAGCAGUAGAAAAUGAAAAGUUUUGACGGUGCAUAAUGUGAAUUUAGUGAACUUUAACAGUCCUUCUCUGCUUCUUAGGCAGCCUCAUCAUUGCGGAUGUCUUUGACCCAGAAUUUGCAACUCACUGCAUGUACUUGUGAAACUUCUGGUAGUGUGCUAGUUUUAGAUGAUGAUCUGUGAAUGUGAAAAUGAAUGUCCUCUAAAUGCUAAAUGGGGUUUUAUCUUGUUGUUUUUUUGGAUGGAUCUACACAUUUUUUCAUUUUUUUCUCCUGUGUAAACACCUUGUAUGCAUCACUUUUGGUGAUUAGUGGCUUCAAAUCGUUACGUUAUUUGACAUAGUUUUUGAUGUGCUUGUAUUGUGACUUCUGUUUGACCUGCUUACAAAAUUAUUAAAACAUCAAAAUCGCUGAAAGAAAAGUAGCUAUGUAUGUUUUAUUUGUUUCUAAUGAUCUUUCUGAUUACAUGACAAGUAAAUUCUCUUCUCACAAUUCCAAGCAUUUUCUAUAAAUCUGAUCUUCCAGUACAAUCAGCAUGCAGUAAUUACACUUUUAUUUCCCAGAUGC